AUGGGCGCUUCCUUCUGCUCGCCGGUCGACGAGCGAUGCACCUGCAGCCCUCAGUCCACGAUCCAUGCAUUCCGAUUUCCCUUGUGGGCUGUCAAAGUCUCCGACUUCCUGGAGAUGCAGGGCCCGCCGCGGCCCCACCACCUGCUGCAAGAGGAGGGCCUGUUGCAUGAAUGGUUUCCUGGCAUGUUCGUUAUCUUCGCUUCGCAUCAGUGGUUGAGUUCCACACACCCAGAUCCACAGGGUCAGCAGAUGGAGGUCCUUCAAAAGGCUCUCCGCGGAAUGAUUGACGGAUCGCUGCAAGUGCAUGAGGACCUCGUGGCCAGAGCUGACAGUAUGAACCUGUCGAAUACUAUUCGUCAGCACAUCGCCGAGGGGUUCCUUUUCCUCGAUUGGUUUGCCAUCCCUCACAUCACCGUGCGGAAAGAUGGUGUGAAUGAGGAGUCUGUAAAGAGCGAUGCAGCCCUGGCGGUACAAAGCAUUCCAGCUUAUGUUGAGCUGUCCAAUGUCUUCAUUGCGCUGGUGCCAGAGCUAACGCACAAAGAUUCGUCUGCUUUGGUGAACUACGCAUCGUGGCUGUCUCGUGGGUGGUGUCGCGCCGAACUAUGGUGUCGUCUAUUGUCAAACAAGAUCGACACCACCAUCAUCGUGAUUCAUUCCCCGACCCAAGCCGAGUUUAUGUUCCCACUCGACUGGCAGCACAACAGCAUCGUGGACGGGGACUUCACCGUGGAAUCGGAUCGUGCCAUCGUCGUUCAGCUCGGGGAGACGGCCGUGGAAAGCAAGAUCCAACAUUUGCAG